AUGAGAGUACGUAUUUUGCGUUUCAUUUAGGAAUUUAUUAAAAUGCUUUUUCCCAGCAAAGGCCUAGCACGUCCCAUUUGAAGUACCUGCUUUUUUUAUAAUGCCAUCUUUGAAAUCAUUGUUACCUGCCUUAGGAUCGGAACGUACAACAAGACCGCAGAAGGGUUAUUAUCACAGUAUUAUACCAAGCUGUAAGAGUUUUAUUGUUUUCUGCAGUUUAGUUGGUUUCUGUCUCGUGUACAGUGCAGUCAUAUGUUUAAGUGGAUUUUGAUAUAACAUGGCAAGUUUGAGUCGUCGAUGUUGCAAAAAUCCACUUGAUAAGUCUUGUUCCUGUAUAUGUGAACGAUUCAUUAUAAAGACGCAAGCUGGAUCUAUAUUUAAGGAAGUCAAACAAGCCUAUCCUUUAUAUUUUAAGUGCCAAAUUGGGGAUCAAGAUAAAAGUUGGGCUCUUCAUGUUAGUUGUGUGAGUUGUCACGUAAAUUUACUGCAGUGGAUGUAUCGCAAGAAAAAUUCUAUGCCGUUUGCUGUUGCUACAGUGUAG